AUGAUUUACUCCUCGGGAAGAGAAUCCUACUUCAACCUGAACUCCACCUGGUACGACCCCUCGGGAUCCUGGCUGGACACGCGGCGCACGCCCUUCCGCUACGGCUACGCCAACUGCUGCUCCUCGGGCUGCCACGGCGAGGGCGCCGAGGGCAUGAGGGGCCACAACUACCGCCACUACGGCUACCGCCAGCCCCGCUGCUCCGAGCGCUGCCAGGGCUACUCCAGCUCCUCGGGCUCGUGCCACGGAGGGGGCUCCGGCUGCGUCAGGAGGCCCACGUACAGCUACGGGGCAUCGGGAGGGUGCCAGGGCUACGGGAGGUCCGUGUGCUCCGAGAGGUGCCAGGGCUCCUCGGGCUCGUGCCACGGAGGGGGCUCGGGCUGCGUCAGGAGGCCCACGUACAGCUCCGGGGGCUCGGGGGGGUGCCAGGGCUACGGGAGGUCCGUGUGCUCCGAGAGGUGCCACGGGGCAGGGGCCCAGGGUGGGAAGCCGUGCUGUGGGAAACCCGUGCAGAGCAUCCCGGCCUGUGUGCCCGUGUCCAAGGGCAUCCCCAGCCAGCAGCACAAGCAAAUCUGCAAAGUGCCAGCCCGGAAGAUCAAAUAA